UGGCAUGGUUGUUUCACUUGGCACACCGCAAAGCGACUGUUACAAAGACAUGGGCAACACUCAGGUGCAGCCCCCAGAGGCAGCCUUCUGCGACCUGGACAGAAACCGAGGUCUCCCGCUGGUCCAGCUCUACGUGAUGCCCUCCUUUUUCUUAGCAGUGAUGAUCCUCGGCCUGCCCCUCAACCUGCUCUCCCUUUGGGUUUUCUGCCGACGAAUGCAACGCUGGACCCGCAGUACUGUGUUCCUUUUCAACCUGACCCUGGCUGACACCUCAUGGCUGCUGGCCCUGCCUUACCUCAUCAACUACCACCUGGACCAGCUCUACUGGAGGCUGGGGCUGCCAUUCUGCAUGAUUGUGAGGUCGUUCUACCACAACUACUUCUACCUCAGCAUCUUCUUCGUCACCUGCAUCAGUGUGGACAGAUACCUGGCCAUCGUGCACCCUCUGCGCUCUCUGGUGCUGCUGGGCCGGAGGCAGACUCGACUGCUGUGUGUGGUGAUUUGGGCUGCUGCACUGCUCCUCAGCAUACCUGUUGCCACCAUGAGUAAGAUCGAGACCUGCCCCGGGAGCAACCGCACCGUGUGCCCCUUGUACAUAUUUCUGAGCCACACUGAGGAAAGCCUCCCUUAUUCCCUCAUUUGUUCCAUCUUCGGCUUCCUCUUCCCGCUGCUUUCCAUCUGCUACUGCGGCCUGCGCACCGUCAUGGAGCUGCACAGCCGACCCGACCCGCACCACAAGAAACGGCGGGUCCGGCGUGUGCUGAGCACGACGCUGGUUUUCUUUGCCCUGUUUUACCUGCCCUACCAUAUGAGCCGUAACGCUGCCAUACUGAUGCGGGUAGUCUACCCCAACAGCCCCACCUCCUGGGGGCGCGCAGACAUGGCUUUCUCGCUUGAGAUGUGCCUCUGCAGCAUCAUCACCUGCAUUAACCCUCUGUUCAGCUGCUUCAUGGGCCGCCAGUUCAGGAAGGAGUUUCACGGCACUUUUGGGGUCAUGUUUUUCCUGUGUCCGGGCACGCAGGUGGCUUCGAUUAUAUCUAAGAGGACCCGGAUGACUGUGAGAAAAAGCCAGGGAGUGUCUGUUGUCACACCUGUGUGCGCACCAGUAGAACCUGUUUCCUGAUGAG